GGUUUAGGCUGAAUCUGGCAAGUGGUAACCUAUAGAGAGUUAGCGACCACCUCACAAGCUUCGUCUUUAGAGCCAUUCUUCUUUGCCCUAGAUUUCGAGCGAGCGGGAGAUUCCAGAUUGAGAGCAGCUUCGAGUUUCUCUCAGUUCGUCGUUUUCUCUUCGCUUCUUCGUUUUUUUUGCCAGAGAUUCUAGGCAUUGAGUGAGAGUGAUCUGGUAUUGAAGUUAUUUGACUAGGAUACCUUCCCUAGUAUGGACUUUGAUGAGUAUGAGUACCUAGAGAAGACAGUUGAGAAUCCCCACCUGGAGAACGAAGUUGGAAAUGGUGGUGGUGAUGAGAAAGCAAAACCUGAAGUAAAAGAACGGAGUAGAAGCUCGAGGCACAGGAGUGAUGAGAAGAGGGACGAAGACGAGGACGGUCGGCGUUCUAAGCGGUCGAGAUCGCACCACCGUUCACGAUCUAGAGACAGAGAGAGGGAUAGGCAUAGAAGUAGCCGGGAACACAGAGACAAGGAGAGAGGAGAUAGAGAUCGCGAAAAGGAUAGAGAUAAAGAAGAAAGAAAUGGGAAAGAUAGAGAGAGGGACAGGGACAAGGACCGAGACAGUAAAGGGCGUGACCAUGAUAAAGAUCGGGAGAGAGAUCGAUCACGGCGAAGCAAGAGUCGGUCAGAGAGACAUCGGAGUCAGGAAAGAGAAAAGAGCCAGGAGAUAGAAACUAAGGAAAGAGAUACCAAGGACCGUGAUAGAGAUCGCAGGCUAGUUCACAUUUUAGAUCCUAAGUCUCAAACAUUUUUUCAAGAAGAGUUGUUCAUGGUCCAUUGGUAUUGCCUUCUGUACAACUUGAUGGGGCUCGUUCCGUUUAAGAUUAUCAUUGUAAUAGAAGGUAAAACGUUUUUGGUUAGACUUCAGUUCCCUGCAGGGCCUUCUCGUGCUUCACGUGUACGCCAUAAAGAUAAAAAAGAGGAUAAGGUAGAGCCUGAGGCUGAUCCUGAAAGAGACCAGAGGACAGUUUUUGCCUAUCAGAUUGCUUUGAGGGCCACUGAAAGGGAUGUGUAUGAGUUCUUCUCCAGAGCUGGAAAGGUACGAGAUGUGCGGAUAAUUAUGGAUCGAAUUUCCAGGCGUUCGAGAGGAAUCGGGUAUGUGGAGUUUUAUGAUACAAUGUCAGUCCCUAUGGCUAUUGCUCUAUCUGGACAGCCUCUUCUUGGUCAGCCUGUUAUGGUAAAACCAUCUGAAGCUGAGAAGAAUCUUGUUCAGUCAACAACUGCUGCCGCUGGAGCUGGAGGGAUGCUGGGCCCCUAUUCUGGGGGAGCUAGACGUCUUUAUGUUGGUAACCUGCAUGUUAACAUGUCAGAAGAUGAUCUGCGAAAGGUUUUUGAACCAUUUGGGAGUGUGGAGCUGGUGCAAGUACCUCGUGAUGAAACCGGCCAUUGCAAAGGAUUUGGUUUUGUUCAGUUUGCUCGCCUGGAGGAUGCUAGGAAUGCACUGAAUCUGAAUGGGCAGUUGGAGAUUGCAAAUCGUGCAAUCAAGGUGUCAGCUGUUACAGAUCAAACUGAAGUCCCAGAAGCUGGACAAUCGCAAAACACUGGUGAUCUGGAUGAUGAUGAUGGAGCGGGCCUGUCUCUGAAUGCACAAUCGCGCGCACUUCUCAUGCAGAAGCUCGAUCGCAGUGGAACUGCAUCAAGCACUGGCCUUACUGCAGCUGGAUCUAUUCACGGUGCAGCCUCGACAAUCUCACCAUUGGUGGCUCCUCUUGUACAAGGCGGUUUUCCUCCUGUUGCUGGACUCGCUGGAGUCGGGAACGUUCCCGGUGUAAAUAUGCCAGCCGCGCUCGACCCUGUUGGCGUCCCAAGCGAAUGUCUAUUGCUUAAAAACAUGUUUGAUCCAUCUACAGAGACUGAACCAGAUUUUGACCUGGACAUCAAAGAAGAUGUUCAAGAAGAAUGCUCCAAGUUCGGAAAUCUGAAUCAUAUCUUUGUUGACAAGAACAGCGUUGGUUUUGUAUACUUGCGAUUUGAAAAUGCGCAAGCAGCCAUGGGAGCACAACGUGCUCUCCAUGGAAGAUGGUUUGCCGGAAAGAUGAUUACAGCGACUUACAUGACCACAGAGACUUAUGAGGCCAAGUUCCCCGAGAGUAAGUAGGUUUGUUUCUGGAGCUGAGAAAAGGUUUUUUUUUGGUGGUUAUUAAAGCGUGUGUGAUGAUGAAAUAUUUGCGAUGGUGAAGGGUUAUUAUUACAAAAUCGAAUGUUUUGACGAAUGUUGUACGUCAAAUUUAAGUUUGUACUUUUACCCGCUUCAUGUAUUUUUAAGUCGUAGAUACUAUUAUGUGUGUGAUUUAUUACUUGUCGUCUUUCAUUUCAUACCUUUUUUUACGUUCAAUUCAGAAUUUGUAUCAUGCCAACAUAUUUUAGAUUUCUUAAGGAUGUUUUGACUUU